AUGACAGCCAUUGUAGCUCCUACCGCUCCCAAUAAAGAAACCAACCGCUGCCCCCUUUGCAACCGCGACCCCUCCUCUAUCACCACCACAGAAACCAACCGCUGCUCCCUUCAGACCCACGACCCCCUCCUCUAUCACCACCACAGAAACCAACUGCUGGCCCAAUUGCACCCGCGACCCCCUCCUCUAUCACCACCACAGAAACCAACCGCUGCCACCUGCAUACCCGCGACCCCCUCCUCUAUCACCACCACAGAAACCAACCGCUGCCCCCUUCAGACCGGUGACCCCCUCCUCUAUCACCACCACAGAAACCAGCCGCUGACCCCUUCAGACCAACGACCCCCUCCUCUACCACCACCACAGAAACCAAACGCUGCCCCCUUCAUACCCGCGACCCCCUCCUCUAUCACCACCACAGAAACCAACCGCUGCCACCUGCAUACCCGCGACCCCCUCAUCUAUCACCACCACAGAAACCAACCGCUGCCCCCUUCAGACCGAAACCAAACGCUGCCCCCUUCAUACCCGCGACCCCCUCCUCUAUCACCACCACAGAAACCAACCGCUGCCACCUGCAUACCCGUGACCCCCUCAUCUAUCACCACCACAGAAACCAACCGCUGCCCUCUUCAGACCGGUGACCCCCUCCUCUAUCACCACCACAGAAACCAGCCGCUGACCCCUUCAGACCCGCGACCCCCUCCUCUACCACCACCACAGAAACCAACCGCUGCCCCCUUCAUACCCGCGACCCCCUCCUCUAUCACCACCACAGAAACCAACCGCUGUCCCCUUCAGACCUGCGACCCCCUCCUCUAUCACCAGCACAGAAACCAACCGCUGCCCCCUUUGCACCCGCGACCCACUCCUCUAUCACCACCACAGAAACAUGCCGCUGCCCCCUUCAGACCCGGGACCCCCUCCUAUUUCACCACCACAGAAACCAACCGCUACCACAUUCAGACCCGCAACCCCCUCCUCUAUCACCACCACAGAAACCAACCGCUGCCCCCUUCAGACCCGCGACCCCCUCCUCUAUCACCAGCACAGAAACCAACCGCUGCCCCCUUUGCACCCGCGACCCACUCCUCUAUCACCACCACAGAAACAUGCCGCUGCCCCCUUCAGACCCGGGACCCCCUCCUAUUUCACCAGCCCAGAAACCAACCGCUACCCCAUUCAGACCCGCGACUCCCUCCUCUAUCACCACCACAGAAACCAGCCACUGCCCCCUUCAGACCCGCGACCCCCUCCGCUAUCACCACCACAGAAACCAACCGCUGCCCCCUUCAUACCCGCGACCCCCUCCUCUAUCACCACCACAGAAACCAACCGCUGCCCCCUUCAUACCCGCGAACCCCUCCUAUUUCACCACCACAGAAACCAACCGCUGCUCCCUUCAGACCCGCGACCCUCUCUGCUAUCACCACCACAGAAACCAAACGCUGCCCCCUUCAGACCCGCGACCCCCUCUCUAUCACCACCACAGAAACCAACCGCUGCCCCUUUCAAACCCGCGACCCCCUCCUCUAUCACCAGCACAGAAACCAACCGCUGGCCCCAUUGCAACCACGACCCACUCCUCUAUCACCACCACAGAAACCUUUCAUGACCGAUCCUCACCACUUCCACCCAUAA